ACGCCCGUGAGUUGGAGAAGUGGAAGAAGUUCAACCCUCAGCAGCAUAUAAAGUCGUAGCCUCGAGCUUUGUUCGGUUUACUCGUAAUCGAGAUGGGAGAGCGUUUGCUCGCGUUUACGUUAAUUUUGUGCUUAGUGGUGAUCGCCGUCCCAAAGGGAACACAGGGUUACCUUUGGCCAAGACAUGACACGUAUACGACACGCUGGGACAAAGUCAACGUGGAUGAUAUCCUCGAGAGCAAGAGACUCCUUCACUAUUAUUUCAAUUGCCUGAUGAAUAAGGGUCCUUGCCCGCCGGAUGGUCAUGAACUCAAGAGAGUUUUGCCAGAAGCUCUGCAAACAGCCUGUGCAAAAUGUACAAAGAGCCAAAUCGAAGGAUCUGUCAAAGUCAUAAGAUAUCUCAGGCAAUUUGAGCCUGGGAAAUUCAAGCAACUUGCUGAGAGAUACGAUCCCGAGGGCAUGUACAGAAAACGAUACCUCGAACAAUCAUUAGAUAAUAAUACGGCAUAAAGAAAUGUAAAUUAUCCUGAAUCAUUGUUCAUUCAUAUUAACUGUUUUUUUUUGACGAAUGACGACUUCCGUCAUCAUGUUAAUCCUUGAAAAGUUUUAAUACUCAACUUCUAUUACACGAAGUGGAAUUUAGAUAUAGAUAUAUUCUAUUAAUUUGAUAUGUUUGUGAUAAUGCAUAUGAGUAAGU